CCCUGAUGGCCUUUGAUCGGGUACUUUUAAACAAACGCGGGCUGGCUAGUGCCAAUCUUCCGCUAACCAACACAACCUUGCCACAAACCGCCGAGCAGGUGCCACUGCAUAAGAUGCUUAUCACCGUCCCCUCAUUCAAUUCUCUUGUUAUAUUUUGACAGGAGUCAUUCCAUUCCUUUCACAGCCACAAAAAAUAUUUUCACUCGUAUCCACCACAUAGUGCUUUUGGCUACACAGUUGUCAUGUCACUGGGAAUGUGAAGACAAAAACAACUACCUCCAUCCAUGGGCAUAGCUCCCAGUUAUAGGACAUACUGCGCCCGCACGCCAAUCACGAUGUGGUUGUGAAACAAAUUCCUGCCUUCCCGGCAAAUUCCUGCCUUUCCGGGCCCCUUUUUAUGCAAUUUUUUUUUUCUCUCAAAUGAACCGGGCCAGACUCACAGAAAUGUUUUUUAUAUCAUUUUGAAUCCGGGACGCUGCCGAGUUGUCACCAAGAGAAGGCGUUGCUGCCCAAAUUAAACCUUUCACAAUGGAUGCAUUCUCAAUUUCGUAUUCAAGCGAUGCCGAAAAACAAGCCUCUUAUAUGUAUCAGGAUUUGCACAGUCUAUACUCACACAAUGCGAUAGAGAAAACAACUUUCAAAACCCUGCCUGCGAUGCGGCAACUAUCAGACACAAAUGCUCAACACCAAAGAAAUUUCGAUCCCGGACUGUCACCUCACAUUGGCAUCGUCGGAGCCGGGCUUGCCGGGCUGAGAUGCGCUGAUAUUCUACUCGAGAGAGGAUUCAGAGUUACCAUCCUCGAGGGUAGAAAUCGUAUCGGGGGAAGAUGUCAUCAAGAAACGCUGCCCAACGGUCGCAUGGUUGAUUUGGGUCCAAACUGGUUCCACGGCACCAAGCAGAAUCCUCUCCUUGAAUUGGCAAAGCAGACCGGUACCGAGAUUGGAGAUUGGAACUCCAAGACUUGUGUCUAUGAUGAGGAUGGCCAGCUCUUAUCCAAGGAGGAGGCCGAGAAGUUUUCGACUUUGAUGUGGGAUAUCAUUGAGGAUGCGUUCAAAUACUCCAACCGUUAUCACAAAGACAGCAUUGACUCCUCAAAGAGUCUAGUGGACUACUUCAAGGAGAAUGUUGUCAAGAAGAUCCCGGAUACGGAGCCAGAUUAUGAGAGGCAAAGAUCUAUGGUGCUCAAGAUGUCUGACCUGUGGGGCGCAUUCGUCGGCUCUCACACCUCUACACAGAGCCUCAAAUUCUUUUGGCUAGAGGAGUGCAUCGAAGGAGAAAAUCUCUUCUGUGCCGGUACUUACCACAAAAUCCUUGCAGAGGUUUCCAGGCCAGCUCUACAGAAAGCCACCAUCGAAUACGAAACCGUGGCUACCAAGAUCUACAGCAAAGAUACGAGCACUGGAACCAUCAAGGUUUCCACGUCCAAAGGCAGAGACUAUGAGUUUGACGAGGUUGUCCUCACUGCACCUCUGGGCUGGGUAAAAAAGAACCUUGACGCUUUUGAGCCACGUCUCCCUUUAAGACUAGAGAAAGCGAUCAAGAACAUCGGCUAUGGGGCACUGGAAAAGGUAUACCUGAGUUUUCCAAAAGCAUUUUGGCUUGAACCCAACGCGAACGGCCAAGUUGUGGACGGGUUUUGUCAAUGGCUGCGCCCAAACUACGCGCAAGACACAAACCCUGCGCGAUGGACGCAGGAAAUAGUCGAGCUUGCCUCCUUACCAGAGCCCACAUCACACCCGACACUGCUCUUUUACACCUCGGGUGACGAGUCUAGGCACAUCACUAGCACGCUCGCUUCACUUUCUGGUUCAAGGGAGAAACAGCAGGAGUUUAUCUUCAACUUUUUCCACCCGUACGUGUCUCUGCUGCCACACUACGAUGCCCAAUCCCCAGACUGUCAGCCGACUGGAUACCUGGCGACAUCGUGGCUCCAGGACGAGCUGGCUGGGAACGGAAGCUACAGUAACUUCCAGGUAGGAUUGGAGAACGGAGCUGAAGAUAUUCGUGUGAUGAGAGAGGGCGUGCCGGACAGGGGAUUGUGGAUCGCAGGGGAACACACGGCGUCGUUUCUCGAGCUUGCGACUGCGCCUGGUGCAUACUCGAGCGGUGAGUGGACCGCGUAUAGGAUUGCAAAGGCGUAUUCCCGAGGCGAGCUUCCCUCCGUGGGGCGGGAAUAACUGGGGAUUAUGGACUUGUCUAUCUGUUAUUGGACCUCAGCUCAUUUUUUUUUUCUUUCUUUGUGUGGAAACUUUCGUUACGAUAUAAAGCCUACUUUGAAGGCGCAAAGAGACUGUUUAAUGUCUUGAAAGCCAUUGUACUGGAACUAUAAUGCGUUUGUGUACCAGUCACUGAUUUAAGCUUGAUAUUUUACCAUGCGAGUGUUAGAAAUAUAGGUAUAUAGUCAUACAGUAUAAACAUGACCGGUUUAAAGUAGAAACUUCUACUGCAAAAUAGUCAAAGCUAGCAAUAUAGAG